AUGUAAAAUCCCACGGAGACAGCGUUGAAAUCUUAUAUUAUUGUUUAAGCCACAUUUGCACUGAGAGCUCACAAGAGGUGUUUUUCACUGAUCGGAAGCAUUUUAGCCGGUCGAUGCUUUUUGAGGGGUCCUGCGAAUCUCUACGUACUCACUUUCAAACAGGAAACCAUCACUCUCAUCUGAAUACAAUUUUCUUGCAGCUUUAUUUUGUUAUUUCAAAAUGCUUUCAAUGUUUAAAUCCAUUCCGACACAUAUGGACUAUAAGGGACAGAAACUUGCUGAGCAAAUUUUCCAAGGAAUCAUUCUGGUGUCAGCGGUGAUCGGCUUCAUCUAUGGCUUAUUUAUUCAGCAGUUUGGAUGGACGGUUUACAUAAUGUUGGCUGGAUUCACAGUAUCCUGUUUGCUCACCCUGCCUCCCUGGCCGAUGUACAGAAAAAAUCCUCUGAGCUGGCAGCCGGCCAUGCCCGAGACACCUGGAGAAAACCGUGAGAAACCUCAAGAGAAUCCGAGUCAGAAGAAGAAGAAGCACAAGUGAUUCAUGGCAGUAUUUUAGUUUGGAUUUGGCACAGCAAAGCCAUAUAGAUAUACAGUAGAAACAAAAUCUAUAUGAAAACCCAUUCAUUUUUGUCACUGUUUGAACAUUCAAUAUAUGUAAUAAAGAACUCUUUGGUA